UUUUCAUUUUUUUAUUUUUAUUUUAUUUAUUUUUAUUUUAUUUAUUUUAUUUAUUUUUGUUUGUUUAUUUAAUUUUAAACCAAUGGUACUAGGGAUAUUUUACCCUUUAAUGAAUGUCAUUUUUGUGACUUUCUCCUUCUAGUGCUAUAUUUUUGAGACAUAAAAUUCAAAAUGUGCUAUUAUUGACAAUUGCCCCUAAAACAAUCAAGGUCUUAUUUCUACAUUUAUAUUCGGAUAUAUAUAACUGUAUGCGAAAGUUGUAAAGAGGCAGAAAUCAAAAGAAAGAAGAAGAGGUAUGGCCAUAAAUAUGAUCAUGAAGAAACCUGUGAACUACUUUGUGGUUGAUGCAUUCACUGACUCAGCCUUCAAAGGGAACCCAGCAGUAGUGUGCUUUCUUGAUAGGGAGAACAAGAGAGACGACUCUUGGCUUCAGUCCCUCACCGCUGAGUUCAACCUUCCCAUGACUUGUUUUCUUACUCCGAUCACCGGAUCCAAUCCUCUUGAUCCCCCACGUUUCAUACUCCGGUGGUUCACACGCUUAGUCGAGAUGGAUAUUUGUGCCCAUGCAACAUUAGCAUCUGCUCACAUUCUCUUCUCAAACGGUUUGGUUGGUUCCUCUGACACAGUCGAGUUUGCUACCCAAUCUGGGAUUCUGAUUGCUAAAAAGGUUCCAGAAGAAGGAUCCUUCUUGGUCGAACUGAGUUUACCUGAGAUUCUUACAUGUGAGUACAACUCAAAUGAUGUCUCCAUCUUCUCCAAAGCCUUAAGCGGGGCUACCAUUGUUGACAUCAAAGGAACUACAACAGAUAGCACCGUCUCAAAAGCCUUGAAUGGAGUUGCCAAGGCAGCUUCAACCGACAAAGUCAUCGUUGUACUUCCAUCUUGGGAAUCUGUCAAAAAACUGCAGCCAAUAAGGGAUGAUAUCUUGAAAUGUCCCGGUAAAAUGUUAGUUGUUAGUGCUGCUGCUCCUCCAGGAUCUAACUAUGAUUUCAUUACUCGUGUCUUCGGCCCCAAGAUUGGAGUUGAUGAGAGCCCUGUCUGUGGAAGUGCACAUUGUGCAUUAGCACAUUAUUGGAGCCUCAAGAUGAAAAAGUGUGACUUUGUUGCUUACGCGGCUUCGCCUAGGAGUGGAACACUCAAGAUUCAUUAUAAUAAGGAGAAGCAGAGAGUCUUGCUUACUGGCAAAGCUGUGACUGUGAUGAAAGGCUCUGUCUUAGUAUAACCUUUGCCAUAUUACCAAAAAAAAAGCUUGAUCAGAUUUUUGAUAAAAUAAUGCAUAUGUUUAUUUAUAAUAGAAUGUAGUGGUCGUUGAAGAGUGUCGUUUCUAUAUCAGACUUGCAAUAACGUUGAGUCACAAAGCAAGAUUUUAUAAAAGAUGAAAUAUAAUUUGUUACAGCUGUUA